AUUGCUAUCCAACUUACUGACGCAUACCGGCCGUUUAUCCUCUCUCUCUCUCUCCUUUGGCUGCUUGGAUAACUUCAGUGUUAUAUUUACCUCAGCGGAGACGCGCCAAGAAUUAUCAGAGACUUCUUGUCUUCAACAUGGCCGAGAACUUGGUCCCAUCGACUACAGCAGCGGGAGUAGACUCCCUUCCUCAUCCUGCUGCCGACUCUACGCGCGGGUUGCCAUAUUAUGAGAAACUGCGACGUGACCUGCGCGAGACCCUACAAAAGAAGAGACUGCUGGAUAAAAACAUGAGUACACUAGAAGACAGCAUCUACCGUUUCGAAACGUCAUAUCUGGACGACACUUCCGGCGUGGGCAACAUUAUUCGCGGUUUCGACAAUUACAUCAAAGCCACAUCUGCCACUGGUCCUGGAGGCGCAGGGAGCGCCGGUGGUGCUGGGGCCGGAAGACGGAGGGCGGCGGGCGGUAUCAACGAUGCGGAUCGAGUGUUUAGCCGGAGUAGUGUUUCGUACACUGGGGAAAACACAGCUGGCGGGACACCAACACCGACGCCAUCUGCAGGCGUGAAUGCGGGUUCUGGCGCCGGUGCUGCAAGGGAUAGUGCACACGGCACACCUGCAAGCACGGCUAGCGGAAGAGGCGGGAGCGCUGCAGUCGGAGGAGGCUCGACGGUGAAGAAGUCAAAAAAGAACACCGGUGGUGGAGGUGCCAACGCUUCUUCUUCUGCUGCAGCUGCAGCUGCUGCCGCAGCGACUGAUGACGAAGAAGGCGGGAAAGCCACGAAACGAAUGAAGAUUAGUUAUGGGAGAGAUUGAUAUCUCUUGUCUCCUAUUUUCGUCACAACUAUUUCUUGCUUUAAUUUUUUCCCCGCGCUUUCUCCUACCGGCAGUGGAUCAGCGUUCGCUUCUCUUGGGCAGUUUUGAGAAGCAGAGGCGUUAUUAUGGACGGGAAAGACUAGGCGUUUUCUUUUUCUUUUCGGGGAUUGAGACUAUGUCAGGGCACAAAGGAGGCUGGUCGUUACAACGCACGUCCUUUAAACCCCUCGUGCAUGCUACCAUGACGUCUUUUUUCAUUUCCUUAAUCAAAGUACACUUACAAGAUUAAGAUGUACGUUUGUUUAUUUUGCAUUUUACAGAUACCCA